UGAGUUGUACUCGUUUUACUAUACGUAGCGUGCAUUGCUGUACAACCGUAUACACGACUAUCGUUUGACAGUUCGAUCUUAACGCGCGCAUACGGUAACUGUCAAUUCCGUUUAUCGGGUAUCCAAUUGGUGUAAAUGUUUUUUUCCUGGAAGAACGUCACACCUGCUUGCCAUUGAUAUGUCUUUCAUUGAAUUCCGGGGAUCGGUCUGUGAGAAAGCGCGCUUACAUUCGCCAAUAGUAGACACAUAAGUGUCAUAAUGUGUUCGAAGAGGAACGUAUCAACGUCUACGUGCCUAGAGAUGAGAUUCCUGCGUCUCUUCUGGACAUUGCGGGGUUAAACUCUCGGCUCGACAGACAAAAUAACUAGCUAGAUAGAUAGCAUAAAUAGUUAGAAAAAAGGGAGAAAAUAAAGCGUUGGUGAAGACAUCAAAAAAAUUUUGAAUAGGAUCUCCAAAUCAAAAAUCGCGAGAAAAAGACGGCCGAUCAAUGUCUUAUUUGUGAUGGGAGUGCCUGCGCGGGGAGCACUCGCGGCGAUUGUCGCCAUAAGCGCAUUUGCCGUUUAUUUAAAUAGCCUUAAUUGCGGCUUUGUUUUUGAUGACAUUUCAGCGAUAAAAGAUAAUCGCGAUUUAAGGCCUCAUACACCUUUGAAGAAUGUUUUUUACAAUGAUUUCUGGGGUACUCCCAUGCACAAGGAGCAAUCGCAUAAAUCAUAUAGGCCUUUGUGUGUUCUCACAUUUCGAUGGAAUUACCUGAUUCAUCAGUUAGAUCCUAUGGGAUAUCAUCUACUCAAUGUUAUCCUACAUGUUGGAGUAUGUCUGUUAUAUUUCAGGAUUUGCUUGAUGUUUCUAUCUGAUUCUGCAACUUUUGUGUCUUCUCUUCUGUUUGCGGUUCAUCCUAUUCAUACAGAAGCAGUUACAGGAGUGGUCGGAAGAGCAGAAACAUUGUCCUCUUUAUUUUAUUUAGCGGCUUUAAUCGCAUACACUAAAUGCUGCAGAAGUAGAAGAUCUACAGGAUGGAAAUCUUUCAUAUUAUCUAUGUCUUUUAUUUUCACUGCCAUGUUAUGCAAAGAACAAGGAAUAACAGUCACUGCUGUUUGUGUAUUCUAUGAGAUUUUUGUUGUACAAAAGGUAAAAGCAAUGGAUAUUUUCCUAACAUUAAAGGCAGCUUUUGGUGGAAAAAAAAUAUCGCUUGCUUGGUCCAGUGAAGGUACAAAACGACUGACAGUUCUUACACUUGUCACUUUUAGUUUACUUAUUCUUCGACUACAUGUAAUGGGCUCAAAAUUACCUGUAUUUACCAGGUUUGACAAUCCCGCAUCAGUGGCUCCAACGCCAAUACGACAGCUUACUUAUAAUUACCUCGCAGCAGUUAAUCUAAGGCUGCUUUUUCUUCCAAACGAUUUAUGCUGUGAUUGGACUAUGGGAACGAUACCGUUGAUAGAGGGUUUUACUGAUCUUCGCAAUCUUGCUACUAUAGCAACUCAUAUGACCAUAGUAGGAUUGUUGAUAACAGCAAUUUUAACAUCUAAUAGACAAACUUCUAUUAUUCUCAUAAUGAGCUUGGCUAUGAUGAUACUCCCAUUCAUACCUGCCUCAAAUCUUUUCUUCCCAGUUGGAUUCGUCAUUGCCGAAAGAGUAUUAUAUGCCCCUUCUAUGGGAUUUUGUAUGCUUAUUGGAUAUGGAUGGAGUAUUUUAUGCGAUAAAAAGUUCAAGAAGUUGACGCUAUUUUUAUUAAUAACACUUUUGGCUGCACAUACAACGAAGACUUUCAUCAGGAAUUAUGAUUGGUUGGACGAAUACUCCAUAUUUAUGUCAGGAUUAAAAGUGAAUGAUCGCAAUGCUAAAUUGUUUAAUAAUGUCGGACAUGCUUUGGAAAGUCAAGGAAAAUUCAAGGAAGCAUUAAAUUUCUUCAAUAAGGCUGUUCAAGUUCAAGGCGAUGAUAUUGGUGCACACAUUAAUGUGGGUAGGACUUACAAUCAUCUAAAGAUGUUUAAAGAAGCUGAAGAUGCAUAUCUAAAGGCAAAAUCUUUACUACCGAAAGCAAAACCUGGAGAGUCUUAUCAAGCACGAGUAGCACCAAAUCAUUUGAAUGUUUUUGUAAAUUUAGCAAAUCUAAUAGCUAAAAAUGCAACUAGGUUAGAGGAAGCUGACUUGCUUUAUAGACAGGCUAUUAGUAUGCGCGCUGAUUACACGCAAGCGUAUAUUAAUCGAGGCGAUGUUUUAAUUAAACUUAAUCGUACCAAAGAAGCCCAGGAAGUUUAUGAACGAGCACUUUUCUACGAUAGUAAUAAUCCAGAUAUUUAUUAUAACCUUGGUGUCGUGUUUCUUGAACAAGGGAAGGCAUCUCAAGCUUUAGCAUAUCUCGACAAGGCUCUUGAAUUUGAUCCAGAACAUGAACAAGCAUUACUAAAUUCAGCCAUUUUACUUCAAGAAUUAGGGCGUGCAGAACUACGAAAAGUGGCUAGAGAAAGACUUUUAAAACUUUUACGAAAAGAUUCCAAUAACGAACGAGUUCACUUUAAUCUUGGAAUGUUGGCUAUGGAUGAUCAUGAUAGUGGAAGUGCAGAAAGAUGGUUUCGCAAUGCUGUUGCUCUUAAAGAAGAUUUUCGAUCUGCGUUAUUCAAUCUGGCUCUUCUGUUAGCAGAUGAACAACGUCCCCUUGAAGCUGCACCAUUUUUAAAUCAACUAGUUAGAUUUCACCCGGACCACGUUAAAGGAUUAAUCCUUCUCGGUGAUAUUUACAUAAAUAAUAUAAAAGAUUUGGAUGCUGCUGAAAAUUGUUAUCGUAGAAUACUGCAAUUGGAUCCAACAAACAUUCAAGGUCUUCACAAUUUAUGUGUUGUAAUGGUGGAACGUGGUAAGUUAAGUUUAGCUGCCCAAUGUCUGGAACGAGCAGCAGCUCUAGCACCCCAUCAGGAUUAUGUGCACAGACACUUGGCUAUUGUGAAAGCUCGUAUCAGCAGACUACCUCCGGAGCAACGUGAUGCAGAGGUAUUCGACGAUUCUUUUUGGCAAACUGGUCCCAAUGAAAGAAACUUCAACAUGGGAGACAUUUCUAGCAGUAAUAGUGUGGGAAGUAAUAGUGGCACAGGUGGUCUUGGCAAUAUGGAAAAUAGUGAUAGCCAGUUUUUAGGCAAAACGGAUUUUGUUUUCUCGAAUCACCAUAAUCAUAUAGGUCAUAAGAAAAGCAGCUCAGACUCAAUGAAUAACCAUAUUGUGCAUCUGAAAAAUCCAUCAAAACCUGCAAGAAUUCCACUGAAUGAAGUGAAAUCGGACGUGAAGGACACAUACAUCGAUCACAAUAAGUCGUUGAAGUCGGGUGUAAAUCCGAACAACCAGCAAAAAUUUUCAUCUAGGAAAGAUUUUGGUAAAAGCAUGAGUUCAGAUGCAACGGAAUUGACAAUCGACCGAGAACGUGCAACUAAAAAGAUUAAUUCGGAGAAGUUCGAUAGGGCAACACCGCCAUUUUUAACUGACGGGAAGCAUGCUGGAACUACACGUCAAAAGGACACCGCACUUUCAUAGUACUGACAUUUGAAAAUC